AUGGCUACCCCAGCUGGAGCCGAACCCGCCAAAAAGAAGAUUGAGUGGCCCGAUUCUGUACGCAGCUACGUCCAGCGGUCUUUUAUUCCGUCGAACCUGGAUCCUUCCGUGUCCCGCGCCGAAAUGGAGGCGAAGUUGAAGGAGACGAUCUCCCAUGCUAAUGAGGCCGGACUGAUGUACAGCAUCAACUGGGAUGAGAUGCCGCUGCCCCAGCAGCUGAUCCUGAAUGAGAGGGCCGCCCGACUUGCCCAAGCCAGCGCUGUCCAGCCAAAUGCCACAACUUCGAAAAAGCGAAAAUCCAGUGACUUGACUGCCGAAGACGACAAUGCCCAGGUUUAUGCCCCGUGGCGUGCCACUGCCAAUGGUCGUAGUUCACUCGAGGAUCGCAUCACUUACCCUUCCGCCGACAAGCGCCGUGCCAUGGACGAACCGCUGCCCAAGAGUAGUAAGUUUCAGAAGCAGCAGGAGAAGCGUCAACGACGCUUCGAGAAUGAAUAUAAGUCAGCGUACAAGUCUCCAAGCCCGGAGCCCACUCCUGGUCCCGUUGUUGGUACGUGCGAAGUACUCGAGAAAAGGUAUCUUCGACUCACUUCUGCACCGAACCCGGCCAACGUACGCCCGGAACGCAUCUUACGCCAGACCCUGGAUCUUCUCAAGAAGAAGUGGAGGAAGGAGAGCAACUACAAUUACAUCUGUGAUCAGUUCAAGUCCAUGCGUCAGGAUCUCACAGUGCAGCGCAUCAAGAAUGAUUUCACAGUAUCCGUCUACGAAAUCCACGCCCGGAUUGCCUUGGAGAAGGGGGACCUCGGUGAGUAUAAUCAGUGUCAGACCCAGCUGAAGGCCCUCUAUCAGCAGGGUCUCAAGGGAAACCCCAUCGAGUUCAAGGCCUACCGUAUCUUGUAUUUCAUUCACACCGCCAACCGCUUGGCGCUGAAUGAUGUUCUUGCGGAUCUAACCAAAGCAGAGAAGGAGGAGCGAGCAGUCAAACAUGCCUUGGAUGUCCGGUCAGCCUUGGCGCUGGGCAACUACCAUCGCUUUUUCCAGCUUUAUCUGGACACUCCUAACAUGGGUGCGUACCUGAUGGACAUGUUUGUUGGUCGCGAACGCCUGGCAGCUCUGUGCAACAUCUGUAAAGCAUACAAACCAGAUGUGAAGCUUCGUUUCAUCACUGAGGAGCUUGGUUUUGAGUCGGAUGUCGAUGCGGCGCAGUUCGUUAUCGACCAUGGCGGCCAGCAUCUGCUUGAAGAACGAAAUGCCGACAUCUAUUUUCUUUCUGGCAAGGCCGGCCAAACGUUCGAAGGCGCCAGAUCUCAAGCCUUCCGCAGAGUUGACAUCAAGGGCCAGAUUUGA